GUAAGGUGCCAUAGUCUCAUCUUUAAUGGUACUACGUGAUGCCCAGGCGUUGGUUGAGCAUUAAACGUGUUCCAUGUUCUCGGUUAAUGAUUACAGAGUACAUACGGCCCGUACAGGAGUAGUUUGGUUGGCCGGCGUUUACGGAGGAUACUAUUAAUAAGCCACUAUGUGGUUGAAUUGUGCUUUUCAGGACUCCUGCCCAUGUUCUCGGGUAGUACGGCGACGCGGCUAAGGCAAUCGGAUCUUUUAAGCUCAUCUUAUACCACGUGUAUUGCCACGCUCUCUUAGACAAGGAUCAUAAGCCUCAUACAGGUCUGUUGGUAAGCUAGGACAUCUCGAAAUCCCGAAACAUGAUCUAGGACUGGCUGACUGCCAUUUUGAAAAGUAACGACUCGGCUCGUAUGUCAAGGAUUGGCAACGGUUGUCAUUAUCUUGGAUUCGCUGAUUACUACGCAUACCCAUAGGAUGAUGCUGAGGCAAUCAGUCCGCACACAUAGCCGAAUCCUAAGCCCGUCACCAACACUUAGACAGGAACAACGCAGCGAAUCAUCCUCGUAUCUGGAGUGACACAAGACUGGUUCUAGGCACGGUGGGGGACGGGGCUUCGAACUGGGAAAAGGAUAGCUAAUUUAUAUCUCGAUUCCGCCACAAGGCGUUUGCACGACACGAGAGGGCGGACUGUUCAAGAAUUGACCCUGGUAUUUUUACAAUUUGUCCUUUCUUACCUAAUUUCUCCUAUGUGUGCACAUAUUCCCCCAUUAUUGCUGCACUGUAACCUACCUGUACCGCCUUAUAUACCUAAACCAACCAUCAUAACUGCAUCGUUAGCAGCGGAUCCCACGUUUUGCAACACCUCCCUACCUAACGCAUCUUUUGCCAUGGAAACACCCAAUGCCCCGCUGCGUGCGUCUUGUGAUAGAUGCCGGGCUCAAAAGCUCCGUUGCGUUCCAUCAUCUAAUACGGAUUCUACCGCGCCUUGUAUGCGGUGCUUGAGGUUGAAAACUCCCGUCAUGUGCACAUUUAGCCAAAGACUGCAAAUGAGAAGAAGCAGGAAAAAUACCAAUAACAGCGACUCCGAGACCCGGCCUACUCACCGUAAGGAGAAAGAAAAACCAUCGUUGCCUGGAAUGGGUACAUUUGUGUUGCCCGGGCCUCCGUCUCCGGAAUCGCAUCAAUCUCUUCAUUCGCCGCGAAUUGAUACCAAAGACUCCACUCCUGAGACAGACGGAGACACCCCGAUGAUCACCCCGGAACAGGAAAUACCGGAUUUCUGGUCACACGAAUCCGCCUUACUUCCAGUUGGCGAGCCUCCUGAACCGGUAGAUGGUACCCUAGGAAGCUUUCCAGAAUAUUACAAUUUCGAUCUGGCUAAUUUGGAUACACCGGAGUUCCUGUCCGAGCUAAUCGGUGCUUCUGACGCGAUUCCGGCCAACGUGGAUUUUAAUUUCGACAUCGACAAGCUGACCUAUGAAAAUUCCGCCAACCCUCUAGUUGAUCUCAGUGGGCUGCUAGCUGAAAUGUCCAGUUACGGGAGUCAAUUGCUCAAGUUGGCCAGCUGGGACCGCGACAAUUAUCCGAUUGGAGACGCAGUGUUGUUAUGCCAGCGUUUUCACACCAUUCUUUUCGGCUAUGCCUAUUCUGAUGCAACCACGGCGGCCCAGAAUAAGGAUAUGCCUACAGACCUACUAAUAAUUUCAUGCUACCUGAUCCUCACGCGCAUAUACUCUUCCAUAUUUGGCUAUCUAAUAGAGCACAUUGUGCGAAUGCGUGAGCUCCAUAAGUCGGCUCAUAAGGAACUAAGCCCAUCUCUGCAUUAUCCAUUCAUGGGAGACAUGCAUUCAUAUCGAGGACUCAGCCUCAGCCAGUUGCGUCCCGUCUGUGUAUGUAGGGGAUGGGAACCGGAAAAGAAGGUACUGUCAAUGUUAUGCAAUUCUCUCGGUGGUGUUGAAGGAUUACUAAGGCUUCCCCUUGACGCAAGGGUAAUCACUCAGGGGGAACAAGAGAAAAGCGAGGGAAGAGAUGGCACUAACGACACGCAAAAUGAGGAGGAGGUAGAGAAACCAACCAUGGUCCUCUCCGAAUUACUACUUGGGUCGUCACAUGGCCACCUAUGUCAAGAUAUGAAGGAGCAAGCACAGAAUCUACGGGAGAAGAUUACAAAAGUAAACCAUCUACUGGCUUAAAUAGGGAUGAUACAAGAUGUACGAUUAUUUACAUAACAUCCAUGGAUGAAAUUUUACAAAGAUAACUCAA